AUUGUCGACUGUCAGCCUGCUGUGCAGAAGCAUCAGAGCUGACAUUUACUUCUUCCAUUAUUUGCUUCUUCCAGAUUAAUAUCCCGGUGUUGGUCUACGGCAGAUCGCCGUGGGCUGGACUCCGAUUAACUCAGUCCUAGCUAUCAGUACCCACGGACCCAUAGGGCCCAAAAGUACGGGAACCGCUCCUUGUGUUGUCCUCCAUCUUGUACGGAUAUUAUUGACGACUCGACGAGGCGUCAGCCCCGUCGUGGCUUUCGAUUUCCGCCUGGGAUUCUGCUGCUGUUAUUAUUAUCCUCCUCUGGUGACGUCUGGGCCGCUCUGUGGUACCCAAUGCCACUGCCACUGGCGUCCUUUGUGCAUGUUGAUCAUUUCUAUGUCCUUUCCUUGUCUUGGAAACCUUUGAGCUCUUCUCCAUCUUUCACCAUCUCUCUCUCUCUGUUUCUUUAGUCGCAUUUAUCUUAGAUCUCCUAAAAUUCGCGGGAUCCCAGGAGCCUUGAACUAGCCCGAUCUCCUGACGGUUCGAAGAUCAUCCUCUCCUUAAUAUAUUAACGCCUGGUCACGAUCGCAUACUGGACCCCCUUUUUUAGAUCAGCAAUAGUUCAAAACUCAACAUGUUGGACAAAAAAAGACAAAUGAACCAUUGGUCUCGGAACCCUGUAGUUAUUGGGCACCCCACACUGGUUGAGAAGACCUUGGACGAGAGCGUGUACCCCUCUAUCGCGCGGAAACCCGUCAACAACACCAAUGCCGCUCUUAAUAAGGAUCUCCCUGCGCUGCCUCGGGAUCCUUCCAGUUCCCCCUUAACGGCCAGACCACUCAAUCUCAGGCUCCACUCCGCCUCGAGGAACGACAAAGAGCAGCGUCAAAGUUCCCUAAAGCGGGUUUCCUUAGGCCGCAGGAGCCACUUGAGUCGAGGAGGUCGCUCGCCCGACAGAAUCUCAGAUAUAUCACCCCCCAGCACUCCCGUCUCCUCAGGUUGUGUUCAUGAGCACCCUUACGACGUAUCUCCGACGGACGAGCAACCUCCGCAGUUAUUUGAUGAUACAGAUAUGGCACCUCAUUCUAACGACGUAUUGACCUUGAAGUCCAGCAACAUACCCUCUGGACAUAGUUUCCACAAAUCUCCGAGUCUAGGCAACUUAAAAAGGUCUGCCAAUGCGCAGACAGCCAACCGCUAUGACAAUGUUGGACUCACGGCCGCUAAGAGUACCACCUGGCAGGGGCGGGUCCCCAAGGCAGGUGGGUUCUUCAAGAACCUCACUGCGAAAAGGAAGACAAUAGGCUCCAACGGGGAAUCACCUGCGGAUCAUGAUCCCUGGGCUUGGCCAAGUGAACGCCCUACAGUGGAGCAGACCAUAGGGAGGAAGUUUUCGCUACGCAAGUCGAAAAGCCACGACCGGUUAAGAAUGGAACAUGACGUGCCAUGUCCGCCGUUUGUCCCCUCAGUUGUUACUACAAUUACGGCGGGCAAGGAGAAGAAAUACGCACCCUUACCCAAAAAGCGCACCGCACACAAGGAAGCUCAUAAGCCUGCUCGUCCAGCUUUGGCCAACCCUCUUCCCCCGCGAAUCGAUUUACCAAGGCUUGGCCACUUGAACGCAGAGCCAGUUGAUCUGGAAACUGGCGACCGACCUGUAAGCCGUUUCAGCGCGACCACAGAUGGAUAUUCCGAAGCAGAUAGCUUGAUAAACAGCGCGAGCGUCAGCACCACGGAAAUCGAUACCACGUCCACAGAGAAUCUCUCUCCGGCUAUGGUCAGGGAACAGUUAAUCCCUAAAGCCAAGACACUUGCGUCUACGAAGAUACCACCCCGCAAGCCUGUUCCCAUGGAGGCUAACAAAGCAUUGAGCAUUUCAUCACGAAAUUCGCGUGAAAAUCAGACAGAGAAACGCAUCAAAGAUCUGGAGGCGCGCAGGGAAGGCCUCGCAUCGCGCAAGGCGAACGUUGUUGCGGUGAUUCACGAGUUAACAGAGGUCGUCCAGCCGAGCUCUGUUGCUUACGACCUCGCUGUUAGAGACGAGGUCAAAAAGACCGUGGCGACUCUUAACGAUGAAUUGGCCGAAAUCCAAAAAGAGGAGCACGAUAUUGGCCUGCAAUUAAUCCGAGCCUGGAGACGACGCGAUGAACGUGAUCUCAACGGCGGCGAGUCCAGUCUGUGGGUUAGACGGGUUACCAAUUAAGGGAAGCCUAUCUAUUUCCACGAGCUCGCUGAUUUCCAAUUUUUUUACCCUGACGUCUGUCUCUUGGUGUUAUUGGUCGAUCCAUGCUAUGUGAUAGAACGUCGGAUGUCCAUUCUUUCUCAUGUUUCUUUUCUAUCUCUAUUGUCGUACUCUUUCAGCUAGGCUGUUUGGUGCAUUCUGGUCUUCAUAUACGGUGCUCUCUUGCUUUUCACUAAUUUAUCAUGUGCGAUCUUCUGGGGUUGAUAUACCCUUUCUCCUUUGUCGGAUGUCGGCCAUUCUCGGUUCCUUGACUAAUUAUGCAUACAUGAUUAAUUUCGGAUACGGCAACUUGUUAGGUCUAGCUGUGAGAUAUAGCUCUAAUAUAUUGUUGAAAACGGU